AUGUCAACCGAAAAUCUAGUCCACAGGGAGGCGGGGUUAACGAUCUCGUCAACCGCCGUGUUCAUUGCUGGAGACGUUGCAGGGACGGGGACACUUGCCCUUCCCAAGGCAGUUGAUAACAUAGGAUGGGCUGGACUUCUAUUGAUGUUACUUUUCGCGUGUGUGUCGACGUACACGGGUACGCUCCUCGGCGAGGCUUGGACUAUGGCAGCUUCGAUGUUCGAGGACUGUAAAGGGCACGUACAGAAUCCCUAUCAAUUACUAGGAGAGAAAACGUAUGGAAAAAUCGGAAGAUAUGUAGUGUCCGUUAGCCUGCACGUAUCCAUGUUUGGAACAGCUAUUGUGUUUCUGCUCCUGUCUGCAGACAACGUAGAAAUUCUGUCCAGAGCUCUAGGACAUGACAUCUCAUUCUGUUUCUGGUUGGUAAUAAUAGCAGGAUGCUUAGUCCCUCUUUCUUGGUUCGGCACACCUAAAGACUUUUGGUUGAUUGGCUACGGAGCCACAGUAGCAACCAUUUUAGCCGCAGUACUCAUUGCGAUAGGUAUUGGUCUGGAUGCCCCGAAUCAGCCGAUCGUUAACCACCAAAGUGCUGACUUUCAGAAUAUUGUGUUAGCAUUUGGAACUCUUGUGUUUACAUUUGGAGGUCACUCCUGCUUUCUUACUUUUCAAAUGGACAUGAAGAAGGAAAAGGAUUUCAAAAUGGCAGUCAUUUUCGGAUAUGGCAUUGUAUUGCUGAUAUACAUACCAGUAACGGUUGCCGGCUACUUUGUGUAUGGGGUCGAACUGCAGCAUAAUGUGAUGAACAACCUACCGACCGGGACAUUAUCCUACAUCAUACUGGUGAUGGUCACCAUACACCUCUUUCUUGCCUUCAUCAUCAUCCUCAGCCCGACAAUACAGGACGUUGAACUUGCACUAAAUGUACCUAAAGAAUUCACAUGGAAGAGAUGUGUGGUGAGAUUGAUCUUAGUUGUAUGUAUUUUGUUCAUUGCCGAGACUAUACCAAAGUUUAGCACGCUGCUGUCACUGAUGGGAGGAUCAUCAUUCACAUCUACCGAUUUUAUCUGUCCUAUAUUAUUGUAUACAAAGAUGUACAAAAUGAAGGCGGAAUACAAAGCUUCAUUAAUUAACGACGAUAGCUUACAAAUUCAAGCAGCUUGGAGUAAACCAAAGGAGGUUUUACCACUGUGGAAGAAGGUACUAAACUACGUAAUAAUCGUGGCAGGAAUGCUUGCCGGAUUGGCUACCUCGGCGUCCGCCAUUAUUAACAUUGUCAGUCCUGAUUCCCUGUCUAUGCCUUGUUACGUUAGUCUUGGUUCCACAGCACCCUGA